CAUUGGUAAACGCUAUAUUAUCUGUCCUACAGGCGGUCUGCUUACCCGGUACAUCAUGACUCCCUUGCCUUUCUUGCAUGAGCGGCCCAAUUUCGAUGCCGCGUUCUAGCUCCGGGCACCUCACAACUACAACCGCACUUUCUCGUUCAAGUCGAAGAUAACAUGUACCUUGUUGGCCUGCUAGUGUCACAGUCAGUCUUUCGAUCGUGCCUCCGUUGUGAUCCACGCCGAAAGCGGCUUCCAAGAGGGUAUAAAGACCUGUCCAAGCAACACUAUCGCUAGGACUCUGCCGCAACUCAUCGAUAGUUAUGAAGCGUGUUGUCCAUGUCGUGUCUUCAGCAAUGCUAAUGAUAACCUCCACCGUCGUUGCCUUUGACAUCCAGUCGAACAAGAAUUUGGCUGUAUACUGGGGUCAAAAUUCUUACGGAGCGUCCCACCCCGACUACACAGAUCACUGGCAGCAGCGCCUUGCACACUACUGCAAGGAUAGCGUUAUUGAUACAAUUCACAUCGCAUUUCUCACCGAGUUCUAUGGGGAGGGCGACCUUCCCUCUAUAAACCUCAGUAAUACUUGUAACAGUGGAAACAGCGCAGAGUUUCCGGGAACGCAGCUCCUCGAUUGUUCUUUCAUUGCAUCAGACAUUGAAGAAUGCCAAGUUGCUGGCAAGAUCAUUACUCUCUCGAUCGGCGGCGCCACUGGUGGCAGCGUUGUGUUCCAGAAUGACAUUAAAGCUACUGAAUAUGCACAGGUUAUUUGGGACACUUUCCUAGGCGGAACGAGCUCCACUCGCCCUUUUGGAACUGCGGUGCUUGAUGGCAUUGAUAUGGACAUCGAGGGUGGUUCCCAGACGGGAUAUGCACCGUUUUUGAAGGCACUUCGUAAGUUGAUGGAUGCCAGUGAGAAGAAAUUCUAUUUAACCGCAGCCCCUCAAUGUGUCUUCCCAGACGCGAACUUGGGUGAUACGCUGAAUGCCGUAGGAUUCGAUGCUGUCUAUGUUCAAUUUUACAAUAAUUGGUGUGGCGUUCAAAACUACGACAAUCCUGAUGCGUGGAACUUCGGCACUUGGGACAAUUGGGCGAAGACCGUUUCUCCUAAUCGCGAUGUAAAGGUAUACCUCGGCGCUCCGGCUUCAUCGUCAGCCGGAUCUGGCUAUGUUGAUGCUGGGAGGCUGUCAACAAUAAUCCUAGAGACUAUGACCCAAUACUCUUCAUUUGGUGGCGUCAUGCUUUGGGACGCUUCACAGGCAUAUGCGAACAACCGCUACGACGAGUCUGUUAAGAAUGCGUUGGUUCAAAGUGAAACGGUCGUUGGUCCGACACCAACGAGCACAACUGCAACGGAGACCUUUACCACUACGUCUCCGACUGCCUCACCUACCUCUUGCACUGGGAUGAAAUACUGGAAGAAGAGCUCAAUUUACGUCAAGGGCAACCGAGUGAAAUAUAGAGGACAUCUGUGGAUGGCGAAAUGGUGGACACGAGAUGACGUUCCUGGAGGUGAUGCAGAUGUUUGGGUGGAUGAAGGUUCUUGCUAGGAUGCAGCGGUACCGCGUCGUGCCUGAUAAGAGUUUGCCUAUUAUGGACCCUUUGCGAAGGUUGGUGAGUGGAUGAUGAUCAGUCCCUUGCCCCUUGGACAUUCCGUGAUCUAGAAACCUGUUUUUUGCAAGCGGGACACAUAUUUUCGGAGCUUGGACAUACUACUAGUAUAUGUCAAUGAUGUUUUCUGUAAACUUUCUUUAUAUUACUCUUCAAUUUCAAAUAUUCA